GUCUGUAUCACCGCUAAGACUGGUUAGCUUUAAGUCAGCUAAUGUUGUAAUAUUUUGCACAUUGUAAGCCAACAAGGACCAUUUUUAUGUAACCGAUUAAAACAAACUGCUCUAAGCCAGGCAGUGAAACAUGCUCAACCUGCUGUGAAUUUGGUUUUUGACUUGUGCCACCUAAAUUAAGUCAAAAUGAAUCGUCCAAAGCCCACAACUCUCAGACGCCCCAGUGCUGCAAAAACAACGGGGCACCCUCCACCAGGAGAUUUCAUCGCUCUUGGAUCAAAGAGUCAAGGUGGAGAGCCCAAAGCCCCUGCUGUCCUCCUGAAGCCAGCAGCCACUGGUUUACCUGCUGAUCGAAAGAGAGAGACGUCCUCCACUCUGCCCUCCUCAUCGGGUCUGUCCAGCCUCGCCAAGCGCCCCAAACUCUCCACCACCCCUCCAGUCAGUGCUUUGGGACGACUGGCUGAUGUUGCAGCAGUGGACAAGAGGGCAAUAUCACCCUCAAUUAAGGAGCCAUCAGUAGUCCCUAUUGAAGUGCCACCAGCAGUGCUGUUGGAUGAGAUUGAGGCUGCAGAGUCAGAAGGAAAUGAUGAUCGUAUUGAGGGACUGCUGUGUGGUGCGGUGAAACAACUCAAGUUGAACCGAGCCAAACCUGACAUCACGCUGUACCUCAGCCUCAUGUUUCUGGCCAAAAUCAAACCCAAUGUUUUUGCCACUGAAGGAAUUAUUGAGGCCUUGUGCAGCCUCCUGCGUCGAGAUGCUUCUAUCAACUUUAAAGCAAAGGGCAACAGCUUGGUGUCUGUUCUUGCAUGCAACCUGCUUAUGGCGGCAUAUGAGGAGGAUGAGAACUGGCCAGAGAUCUUUGUCAAAGUGUACAUUGAGGACUCCCUGGGAGAAAGAAUCUGGGUAGACAGCUCUCACUGUAAGAAUUUUGUUGACAACAUCCAGACUGCUUUUGGCACAAAGAUGCCCCCUAAAAGUAUGCUGCUGCAGGCUGACACGGGUCGUUCUGGUGGAGAUCUCAGUGCAGGUAGCAGCCCUCACCCUUCAACUCCUGACGAGGACGACAGCCAGACCGAAUUGCUGAUAGCGGAAGAGAAACUCAGCCCUGAGGAUGAUGGGCAGGUUAUGCCCAGGUAUGAGGAACUAGCAGAGAGCGUGGAAGACUACGUACUUGACGUCCUCAGGGAUCAGUUGAACCGCAGGCAGCCGAUGGACAACGUGUCCCGAAAUCUGCUGCGUUUGCUUACAGCCACGUGUGGCUACAAAGAGGCGCGGCUCAUGGCUGUGCAGAGGCUGGAGAUGUGGCUCCAGAAUCCGAAGUUGACUCGACCAGCUCAAGACCUUCUCAUGUCUUUGUGUAUGAACUGCAACACACACGGAGCCGAUGACAUGGAAGUGAUCUCCAACCUGAUCAAGAUCCGCCUCAAACCUAAAGUACUCCUCAACCACUACAUGCUCUGUGUCAGGGAGCUGCUCAAUGCUCACAGAGACAACCUGGCUACUAUGGUGAAGCUGGUGAUCUUCAAUGAGCUGUCCAAUGCCAGGAAUCCAAACAACAUGCAAGUCCUCCACACAGUGCUACAGCACAGUCCAGAGCAGGCUCCAAAGUUCCUGGCGAUGGUGUUCCAGGACCUGCUAACCAAUAAGGACGAUUAUCUGCGUGCCUCCCGAGCAUUGCUGAGAGAGAUCAUCAAACAAACCAAACAUGAGAUUAACUUCCAGUCCUUCUGCUUUGGUUUAAUGCAAGAGAGAAAGGAGGCUAGCUACGUGGACAUGGAGUUCAAAGAACGUUUUGUUAUCCAGGUGACAGAUUUGCUGACCGUCUCCAUGAUGUUGGGCAUCACUGCUCAGGUCAAAGAAGCUGGCAUAGCAUGGGACAAAGGAGAGAAGAAGAAUCUGGACGUCCUGAGGUCGUUUCAGAAUCAGAUAGCCUCCAUACAGAGAGACGCUGUGUGGUGGCUUCACACUGUGGUUCCAACCAUCAGCAAAGUCGGUGCAAAAGACUACGUCCACUGCCUUCACAAAGUGCUUUUCACAGAGCAACCGGAGACAUAUUACAAGUGGGACAACUGGCCUCCUGAGAGCGACAGAAAUUUCUUUCUCCGCCUAUGCUCUGAGGUGCCUCUGUUGGAGGACACUCUGAUGCGCAUUUUGGUGAUCGGGCUGUCACGUGAUUUGCCCCUGGGCCCGGCCGAUGCCAUGGAGCUGGCAGAUCACCUGGUCAAGAGGGCUGCCGGGGUUCAGUCUGAUGGCUUGUGUGAUGAUCGACAUGAUCUGGAGGUCCUGAAAGUGGAGAGGAUCCAACUCAUCGAUGCAGUGCUGAAUCUGUGUACAUACCACCACCCAGAGAACAUUCAGCUGCCUGCAGGGUACCAACCUCCAAAUUUGGCGAUAUCCACGCUUUAUUGGAAGGCAUGGCUCUUGUUGCUUGUCGUGGCUGCAUUUAAUCCACAGAAAAUAGGUUUGGCUGCCUGGGAUGGUUAUCCUACACUGAAAAUGCUCAUGGAGAUGGUUAUGACAAAUAACUAUACCUACCCGCCUUGCACCGUUGCUGAUGAGGACACAAAGACGGAGAUGAUCAAUCGUGAGCUGCAGAUCUCUCAGAGGGAGAAACAGGAGAUCCUGGCCUUUGAAAGCCACUUGGCAGCAGCAUCUACCAAACAGACCAUCACAGAGAGCAACAGCUUGUUGCUGUCUCAGCUUACCAGUCUGGACCCACAGGGUCCCCCUCGACGACCUCCACCUCAGGUCCAGGAGCAGGUUAAGACCCUCAACCAAUCUUUGCGUCUCGGCCAUCUCCUCUGCCGCAGCCGCAAUCCAGACUUCCUCCUCAACAUCAUACAGAGACAGGCUUCCUCUCAGUCCAUGCCGUGGUUGGCUGAUCUGGUCCAGUCCAGUGAGGGAUCUUUGGAUGUGCUCCCAGUGCAGUGCCUGUGUGAAUUCCUCCUGCAUGACGCUGCAGAUGACAGCCUGCCAAUAGAGGAUGACGAAGAGGGAGAGAGCAAAGAGCAGAGGGCCAAGAAGAGACAAAGACAACAAAAGCAAAGGCAGCUACUUGGACGGCUCCAGGAUCUUUUAUUAGGCCCCAAAGCUGACGAGCAGACAACAUGUGAAGUGUUGGAUUACUUCCUGCGCCGUCUCAGCUCUUCUCAGGUGGCAUCAAGAGUCCUAGCUAUGAAGGGUUUGUCAUUGGUUCUGAGUGAAGGAGGCUUGAAGGACGGAGAGGAGCGGGAGCAGCCCAUGGAAGAAGACUCGACAGAUGCUGAGCUCUUGCCUGGGUACCAGUGGCUGCUACAAGACCUCCCAAAGCUCCCCUUGUUUGACAGCGUUAGGGGCAUGACGUCCACAGCUCUGCAGCAGGCCAUCCAUAUGGAGACAGAUCCACAGACCAUCAGUGCUUAUCUCAUCUACCUAUCCCAGCAUGCACCAGUGGAAGAGCAGUCUUCCCAUAAUGACCUGGCUCUGGAUAUUGCGCGGCUGAUUGUUGAGCGUUCCACCAUCAUGAACAGCCUGUUCUCCAAACAUUCAACCAGACCAGAGUCUGAUGCUGUUCUCAGUGCUUUCCUCACCAUCUUCUCCACCUACAUCAAGAGGAUGAGGAAGACCAAGGAGGGGGAGGAUCUCUACAGCUGGUCAGAAUCACAGGAUCAGGUGUUUCUGCGUUGGACUACAGGAGAGACUGCCACUAUGCACAUCCUUGUAGUCCAUGCCAUGGUUAUCCUGCUGACUCUUGGGCCUCCUAAAGGAGAGAGCGACUUCUACAAUCUUCUGGACAUUUGGUUUCCCGAUAAGAAACCCCUACCCACUGCCUUCCUGGUUGACACAUCAGAGGAGGCCCUUCUGCUGCCUGAUUGGUUGAAACUUAGGAUGAUCCGAUCAGAGGUUGCCCGAUUGGUUGAUGCAGCUUUGCAAGACCUGGAGCCGCAGCAGCUGCUACUGUUCGUACAGUCCUUUGGCAUUCCCGUCUCCAGCAUGAGUAAACUGCUUCAGUAUUUGGAUCAGGCUGUCUCCCAUGAUCCACAGUCACUGGAGCAAAACAUCAUGGACAAGCAUUACAUGGCCCAUCUGGUUGAGGUGCAGCAUGAGCGAGGUGCCACUGGGGGGCACACUUUCCAUGGAUUACUUAGCUCCGCUCUUCCUCCACACAGAGAUGGUGCUGAAACAAGUAAGGCCAAAGUUACUGUGGAAAUGCCCCACAGCUCUGUGAAGAUGAGAGCAGCCAGUCAGCUUCCUGCAGUCGGGCCUGAUGAUGAUCUAGCUGGAAUGAUGCUUCAGGUAGAAACUUACUCUUUCUUUCACAUCUUUUUGUGUUCUGACUUUUUCAGCUUGUUUUUUUUACCUCCAAACAAAAAGUUCUACCCUUUAGUUAUUCCAAACACUGACCUGUUUCUAUUGUGUCUACUUCAACAGAUAUUCCCUUUAAAUGUGGACCCUCGCUGGCACGGUCCACCUCCCAGCCAGCUCUCCCUGGCCUUGCAGCAGGCCUUGGCGAAAGAGCUGAUGCGAGCCAAGCAGGGUCACAUCCAGCAGGGUGGGUUGGCCUUUCGCCUCCUACAGACUCUUGCAGCCCUGCUCACCUCUACCCAUGCAGGACCAAUUGUCAUGUCAAUGCACCAUAACCACGCCCUGUCCUGUCCUCUGAUGCGCCAACUCCACCUUUACCAGCGCCUCGUGUCCCAGGACAUUGCUUUCUCCUCGCUCUUCCUCAAGGUCAUUGUUGAGAUGUUGAUCUGGUUAGACAAUCCAACUGUGGAGGCAGGACCACUGAAAACUUUGCUCAAAUCCUUUGCUGGUCAGAACUCUCACAAACACAGGCACAAUGAUGUUCGUACAGGUUUCCUCCACCUGGCCGAGGCGUUGGCUUACCGCAGAGACGCAGAAGUACCAGUGAGAGCCAUCAUUGCAAUGCUGAAGGCUGGAGACAGAUGUAAUGCAGAGGCUGAGCUCAUCGGGAAAGUUUUACAGGGGCUGAUGGAGGUGAAGUCGCCAUAUUUGGAGGAACUGUUGUCUCUGUUGAUGACUGUUGGUACACAGAACGGAACAGCCGGCCCUGUUGCCAUGGUGAUUUCCUUGCUGCUUCAGGAAAGUGAGGAUCGAGCUGUGAAAAAGGAAGUCGAUUCAAACAACAGCUCAGAGGUGACAAAAUCAGGACUGAGCUCGGGGUUGCUGGUCGACUGGCUGGAGCAUCUUGACCCUGAGGUUACUUCAGUGUGCCCAGACCUUCAACAAAAAUUACUGUUCGCCCUCAACAAGGCACGAGGCACUCCUGCCUACAGACCUUAUCUCCUGGCCCUGCUUACACAUCAGUCAAACUGGUCCACCCUCCUGCAGUGCAUCAGUGCUCUUCUCAGCAAGCGAAGAGACCACAAACUGGACCCAUCAUCAGCCCUGGAUUUCCUGUGGGCCUGCAGCCACAUCCCUCGUAUUUGGCAAGGACGUGACCAGAAGAUCCCUCAAAAGAAAACAGAGAAGUUCGUGCUGCGACUCAGCUCAGAGGAGCUCCUCAGCCUGGUGGACCUGAUCCUAUCAGAGUCAGAGCUCAACAGUCACGACCCAUCUCAUGAAGACACCGUGGACCAGGCCUCCUGUUCUCUCAUCCAGUCUAGGCUGCCGCUCCUUGACUCCUACUGCAACGGAGAUAUACAAAACAUCAAGAAAGUGUCAGACUACCUCAUCAACUGUACAAAGAAAUGGGAGGACAGUGCGAUGAGUAAGCGUUGCCAGAACUUGCUGCUGCAGAUCUAUCUGCACUUUCCUGAAGUAAUCCAGCACGUUACCUUGCCUGAAGGCACUCUCAGCAGUGGGGGGGCUGCAGACGGCAGCAGCUGCAAGCUGGACGUCCUGGUCCAUCGCCUGGUCACGCUGCUCGCUGAUAUAGGAGACUCAAAGUCUGCUGAGGGCCGUGUGUCUGAUGCCAACCUUGCAUGUAGGAAACUGGCUGUGUCGCACCCUGUCCUUUUGCUCAGACACCUACCUAUGAUUGCAGGUCUCCUCCACGGUCGCGUUCACCUAAACAUGCAGGAGUUCCGACAGCAGAACCACCUGACGUUCUUCAGCAACGUGCUCGCAAUCCUGGAGCUGCUGCAGCCGCUUGUUUUCCACAGUGACCACCAGAGGGCACUUCAGGACUGCCUUCUGUCUUUUAUGAAGGUCCUUCAGAACUUUCAGAGAAGUCGUUCUCCGUUAGUCUUCAUCAACAAGUUUCUCCAGUUCACACAGAAAUACAUAACUCAUGAUGCAGCGGCAGCCAUUCCUUAUCUACAGAAGCACUCUAACAUCUUGCAGCGUCUGUCUGCAGAAAACCCAGACUUGGUUCAGUUGAAAUCUUUACUGGCUGGACUCACUUUGCCGGUGAAGAGUUCCUCUGCAGAGGUUACAGCAGAAGAGAGAGAUGAUGAUAUGUCAACUGGUUCCCUGCCUCUAGUCAACAUAUCUGCCUCAGUGUCGCUGAGUGCGGCUGACAUGACGCUGUACCUGAAGAAGAUGUCGAGAGGAGAGGCAGUCGAGGAUGUGUUGGAGGUGUUGACAGAGGUGGAUGACAAGUCUAGGAGGAGCCCAGAGAUCAUCCAGUACUUCAUUAACGAUCUUCAGAGACUCAUGACGUCUUCUGAGGAGUUGUGUCGGAACAUGGCGUUCAGUCUGGCUCUGCGCUGUAUCCAGAAUAAUCCAUGCCUGGCAACAGACUUCCUGCCGACGUUCAUGUACUGUAUGGGCAGUGGCAACUUUGACGUGGUGCAGACGGCUCUAAGGAAUCUUCCAGAAUAUGUGCUUCUCUGUCAAGAACAUGCAGACAUCUUACUCCACAAGGCCUUCUUGGUGGGUAUCUAUGGACAAAUUGACACCAGCUCAAUGAUCUCAGAGUCCAUGAAGGUCCUUCACAUGGAAGCGACAACAUAACAGGAAGCUUACAUCUCCCGCCCGAUGGGAAAUGGUGUCAUUCAUUUACUGCAUUCCAGACCUAGAUUAUUUUUUUAUUGCCUUUAGUUCAAACAUGGCUCUAAUUUUAUCAUUACAGAUUAACAAACUCUGUGGCUCUUCAGUAAUACAAAUGAAAGGAUCCUCCAGUGAGCUGGUAGUAACCAGUAAUGUAAUAACUUCUGGAUAAUUUAGUGACUUCAAAGAAUGUAUUAAAAUUUCCUCUAAUUGAGUUUAAAAUGUCAUAAUUAAAACUGUAAAAUCAUUGUCAUUAUAAUAAUGUCACAAUUAGUACAUUUGUUACAUAAGGGAUGCAAAUUAUUUUUAACUGAUGAUAUAAUAAUACAUUAACCAAUAAUUAAUAAAGAAUUAGAACAUUAUUAGGUGAUGUUAUUAUGUCAUCUGUUAAAGACCAUGCAGAAUAUACACAAUUGGAGCCAUAGUAAAAAAAAAAACCUAUUAGAUUAAUAUUAUAAUACACAUUUUAUGAUAAUGAUAAUUAGUAAUAAGUAUUAAAGUGAUCUUUGUUAAUUGAAAACAAUUAAAAACUGUUUUAGUGGGAGAUUUUUUGCAUUUCUGUAGUUAGUAAAUUAUCAGUCACAUUAUUGGGUACUUCAAAUCUCAAUGCAUAUUUUGAAAAUGGCACAUUGUUUUUGGCUUCAUAUUUUUAAUUGGUUGAAUUUCAAAUAUCAACAUUAUUGUACAGUUAUGUAUACAGUAUAGUAUGGUAGCAAUUUUGCCAUAGUUUUCCAAUAGAUAUCGACUUUUCCAAAUGUAAAGGUCUAAAGGUGUAAAGGUAAUAAGAAUUUGACAGGAAACCACAAAACAGUGCUCUACUUUCAGAUUAUUAAGACUAAGAAGCCAAAAUACAAAGAUGUGUUGCUGCCUUAAUGCAAUGUUGCAAACUCCUUAAAUAGCUGAUAUCAGGUGUCUUUGUUUUUAAGUCAUGAUGCUUUACUGUUACUGAACGCCAUGUGAUGUCAACUGAAUAAAAUAACU